AUGCGGAUUCAGCUAUUGUUUGAGGAUAUUCCUCUCCUUAUGAAUGCCGCUGAAUGCUGGUCGCCUUCGAUUUUCGCUAGAGUCAGAGAUUGCGCCGAAUUAGAGGGUUUACACUCAGACUGCAAGGAAUCAGCUUUUCCGGAACAAUGUUGGCACCUAUUUUUCGACCCCAGAAGUGGUUCGCGAGGUGAGAAACGACAACGGACAGCUUACACUAGAAACCAAGUGCUCGAACUCGAGAAGGAAUUUCACUUCAAUAAAUACUUGACUAGAAAGCGACGAAUUGAAAUCGCACAUUCGCUAAUGCUCACCGAGCGGCAGGUUAAAAUAUGGUUUCAAAAUAGGCGGAUGAAGCACAAAAAAGAGAAUAAAGUAAGGAUGAUAUUUCUAGCUUUUUUCUCUUUUUUUAUUUUCCGCUUUCUAUGA